AUGGCGAUUAAGGUUGACGCUUUGACGAAUGAAGCAGAGAGUGCCAUUCGUGAGGAGGCUGGCGAGAAAGGCAAGGGGGAAUCGAAGCGGUCCGAGUCGGUCAGGGGAAGGAAGGGGCAGCGUGAUGAACGGCGGGACGAGGGGAGGGAUAAGAGUCACGGUGAGAAGGAGAAAAGUGUGCAGCAGGAGAGCAGCACGCGGGAGGAGAGCAGGAAGGAGGAGGGAGCGCGUGAGAAUGGGAGCGAUACGCGGCAGAAGGAGGAGGUCGAGAGGAAGGCGGAGGCAGCUGCUGGCACGUGUGAGGGGCAACUCAGCAGUACAGGGGCACAGGCAGCCGAAGCAGGUGGAGAGGCGGGGGUUGUGGCACAGGCGGAUGCGACAGUUGAAACAAAUAGCACGGCGGAUGUCGCUAGGGAGAGAGAAGCAGGGGGAGAGUCAAACGCAACAGGGGAGGCGGGGACGGCGUCAGGGGGUGGAGUUAGCGCCGGUGCUGUGAUUGCUGUGGCCAAGGGCAACCUAGGCGCACGUCUCCAGGCGCUUUGCCUUGCGCCCGCUGUCAGCGCGGUGUGGAGCACACGCGCACUGGAGGAGGCAGGCCCUGGGAAGGCGGAAGCGGAUAAGGCGGGGGAGGUAACCGUUGUAUGGAGUGACUCAGCAAUUGCGGAUACUGACGUGGACGGAAGUGCUGCUGAUUCCGCUGGCGGCAGUCCCAAGAAGCGACCCGCAGGGGAGGGGUUCUUGGAUUUAUUCAGCGCGUUUCCCGGUGUAGAUUCAUUGGCGUUAGACGAGAAGGAUAAGGCUGCCUGGCCGAGUGUGACUGUAACGGGAGCAGCCUCUGCUGCUCCGCUUUUAGAGUCACAGAAAGAGGUGCAAGUCUCCCUGCCGGCUUGUGUCAACGAGGAAUCGGAAUCGGCCAAUACGAGCGCGACAAGUGGAAACGGCAGCAGCGCCGAAGUGCCUGAAUUGUCGUUGUCACUGUGGGUCCCUUCUGGACUAAUCAACGUGGCAAGCAGAGAAUGGACCCCCCCCGAGGCAUGUUCCGCCCUCCGCCUCUUCCAGUCGUGCCUGGGCGCUCUCCAGCCCUCGUCACGUGUCAGCAGAUUACUGGAGGAAGGGGCGCUAGGGGAAACGGAGACAGCUGCUGGGACGCCUGAGGAGUUAGUUAAGGAGGAGAGGGGAGGGGUAAAGGGGGGAUUUAGGGAGAGACUAGCACUUAGCCCGGCAGUGUAUCUGGAAGCCAAUCAGGUGAUGCCAGGUGGCACGUGCAGAGGGUGCCCCGAGGACCCUCUACUCAACUGCACGCUUCGCACGCUGACGUGGCGCUACCUGCGUGUGCCGUCCAACUCGUCUGACGUGGACUUCACUGUAUCAGCUGCCUCUGCUACAGACGCUGCUACAGUCGCAGGCACCUUCCAUCCCCUGCGCGCCCCGCUCCUCCUCCCCCACACUGCCUUGGCGGAGCUGCUGCUGCUGUCGUGGGCUCGAGGGCUCAUCCACUCGCGGCCCUCGAUAGAGGCACUCUUCAUUGCCGCCCAGGGAAGACAGCACCGGGCGAGCCAGAGCAGCAGUGUGGGGGGAGAUGUUGUAGGAGCCUCUGUAGACGCAGGUGCAGUCCGCCUGGCGUCUGUGGGGGGAGAUGUAGGAGCCUCUGCAGAGGCAGGUGCAGCCCUUGUGACUGCAGUCCCCCGGGCAGCUGCGUUUGCAGUGGAGAAGAGUGUGUGCUCUGCCCCCCGUGCGGCUGGGUUUGUCAACCAGAAGUACCUGCAGCAGAUGCUGGUCGAUGAGGAGCUCAAGACAGUGUAUUGCUCUGUCCCAAAGGUGGCCUGCACGAGCUGGAAGGUGUGGUUCCGCCAGCAGCUGGCCAAGCGGCUCGGCGGCAACAAGUCGCCCCGCGUGAAGCUGUUCGCACGCACCUCCGUGCACAGCCCGCUGCAGAGCGGGCUGAGCAUCAUGGGGUACGGGUUUGAGGAGCACGAGAACAUUUGGUUCCUCACGCGGCCCGACUUCUUCAAGUUCUCGUUCGUGCGCAACCCGUUUACGAGAAUUGCGUCGGCGUAUCUGAACAAGCAUGUGAAUGGGGUGGGCUUGCAAGGCCGCAAGUAUUGGAACGAGCGCUUCUUUAUGGGAAUCCCGGCGUACAAGACGUUUAUGAAGAGCCGGAACGGCAGCGACUUCAUCCCCUUCUCCACGUUCAUGUCAUUCCUGCAGCAACGAGCCACACGCUGUGUAGAGUGCAUGGACCCCCAUGUCCGCCCCCAGAUCGACCUAUGCAAGCUGGAUGCGAUCCGAUAUGAUUUUAUUGGGCGGUUCGAGAAUCUAGAGGAGGAUGUGGCAAAGGUGACGUGGCAUUUUGGAGAGGAGGAGAAGAAUCCCUUUCAUGAUGCCCAUUGGGCACACCCAACUAACGCUUCAGCAAGGCUUCUCGAGCUGUAUGACAAGAGCGCAUUUGAGGAUGCUACAAUCGCAUACAAGUCAGAAUUCAAUGUUCCUCUUAAUGGUUUAGAAUACCGACCGCCACAAGCUCUAGUGGACAGGUUUGAGACCAAGAGCUAA